AACUUUGGAGUUCGUACUAAAACUUUAGGAAACAAUCUAACAAACUAUUCAGUAUACUAAUGACUAAUGUAUCUUCUGUCUAGAUCUAGGACUCUACUCUAGGUCUAAAGGGAUAUUCUAUUUAGAUCAAUCUAAUCUAUAUAUCUAGAUCUAGAUUGUUUGUAAACAAAAUGACUGAAGUUUUAAACGGAGCAACUGUUUUAGCUCGCGCUCUGAAACAUCAGGGUGUAGAGUAUAUGUUUGGAAUUGUAGGUGUGCCAGUAAUUGAAAUAGGUCUUGCCGCACAGGCAGAAGGAAUCAAGUUUAUAGCCAUGCGCAAUGAACAAGCGGCAUCUUAUGCAGCCUCUGCCAUUGGUUACUUGACAAAAAAGCCAGCUGUUUGUUUAGUUGUGUCUGGACCAGGCCUUGUACAUGCUUUAGCUGGAAUGGCCAAUGCUAUGGAAAAUUGUUGGCCGCUUAUUGUUGUUGGUGGAUCAUGUGACUCAGACCAAGAAGCAAUGGGAGGAUUUCAAGAAUAUCCACAGGUAGAAGCAGCGAGACAUUACAGUAAGUUCUCAGCAAGACCAAGCAGCAUUAGUAAAAUCCCAUAUUAUGUUGAAAAGGCUGUGAGAACUAGUCUGUAUGGCCGUCCGGGAGUCAGUUAUAUUGACAUGACUGGAGAUUUGAUUGGUGGACAGGUGGAAGACAACAAUGUCAGUUUUUUGCCAAUCAGUCCACCCUCACCAGUGUCAAUGUCAUGUCCCAAAAAAGUUGAAGCUGCUGUGGACCUGAUCAUCAAAGCAGAGAGACCACUGGUGGUUGUAGGAAAAGGUGCUGCCUAUGCUCAAGCUGAAGAUGUGAUCAAUCAGUUGGUUGAGAUGACCCAGCUCCCUGUGCUGCCAACUCCAAUGGGCAAAGGUGUUGUGCCAGAUGACAGCCCACUUUGUAUCUCUGCAGCCCGUUCAAAAGCUCUUCAAGAGGCUGAUGUUAUUUUACUAUUGGGAGCAAGGCUAAACUGGAUGUUACAUUUUGCUGCCCCACCAAGAUUUAGUUCAAAAGUUAAAAUUAUUCAGGUUGACAUUUGCCCUGAAGAAAUGGGAAACAAUUCAGCAUCUGGUGUUGCCCUGCCUGGAGAUGUUGGUGUUGUGGUCAGUCAGAUUGUCAAAAAUAUAAAGAGCCGUUCAGUACAGUUUAAAUUUAGUGCUGAUUCUCCUUGGUGGUCAUUAUUAAGAAAAAAGAUUGAAGCUAAUGUCCAGAAUGUUCAAACAAUGUCCAAUGAUAAUUCUAUUCCUUUAAAUUACUAUGCAGCAUUUUCUGAGGUUCAGAGAGCUAUUCCAAAGGACUGUAUAAUUGUAAAUGAGGGCUCCAACACAAUGGAUAUUGGUAGAACCAUGUUACCAAAUAUCUUUCCCAGGCAUAGGCUUGAUGCUGGAACAUUUGGCACAAUGGGUGUUGGAGUAGGUUUUGCAAUAGCAGCUGCCAUUUACUGUAGAGACUAUUGGCCAAAUAAAAGAGUUGUUUGUGUACAGGGGGAUAGUGCCUUUGGCUUCUCGGGAAUGGAAAUAGAAACUAUUGCCAGAUAUCAUCUGCCUGUAGUUAUAAUUAUAUUCAAUAACAAUGGUAUAUCUUAUGGUAUCAAAGAGGAUACAUGGGAAAAUGCUAAAAAAGCUGGUGACCUUUUCAUUACAAUUCCGCCAACAUCCCUUCAACCCAACACCAGAUAUGAAAAACUGAUAGAAGCUUUUGGAGGUAAAGGUUAUUUUGCCAAAACUAAAGAAGAGCUGAGAGAGAGUUUACAGUCUGCCUUAAAAGACCAGACGCCGUCUAUAAUAAAUGUUAUGAUUGAUCCAGGAGCACAAAGAAAAACACAGGAAUUUUUCUGGCUCACUAAAUCAAAUUUGUAAUUGAAGAGAAGCUUGCUUGCCAUUCCCAGAGUUUGUUUCCAUUGUUGCUUUGUCACUCAGAAUAAUGAAAUUCAUUGGAAUGUGUUAAUUUAUUUAGUAACUCAUAGAGAAUUACAUUAAAUCAAGCUAAGACAUACUAAAAGUAUGUUUUUGAUGCAAUGUUAUUUUGUUAGUGUACCAGAUGUGACAUAUUCUUUCACUUUUAAUUAGCACCCAUGUAUGUAUACCUCCUUUUGUUGUAUUAGUGCCCAGUCUAGUGUGAAUGCUUUAACAUCUGGAAGUAUGCAAAGGAUGAUGGGAAAGAAAAGCAGACAACAUGAAGUCAUCAAUGUUUUAAUUCUUAACUACCUAGGUUCUACUCAAUUUAAUUGUACUAGUCGACCACAGCGUAGCAUACGACAUUAUUUUGCUGUGUGCCCCGCACUUUCAAAGGACCCCCACUAAUUCUAGGUAUAAAUUAUUAAAUUAAACCAUUUUAUAACUUAUAACAGAUUUCCCACGGCCGCCUGAUUUACCAGGAGCUCCUGGAAAUCUCCUAAAAUUGCAAAAUAUACGAAAAAGUCCUGGAAAUAUCCGGAAAUUAUUAAAAUCUUUAGUAAACACAUACAAAUCUCCUGAAAUAUAUAAACAAAAAUUGUCAUUUUGGAGUGUCAUUCAUUAUGGAAAAUGCCAAUCCUAGGCGUGAUAAAUAAAAACGACAUUAUGCACUAGCCGUAAUUGUGUAAUCUGGUGAAAGAAGCUUCUCACGCCUCAAACUAAUGAAGAAUUACUUGAGGUCAACAAUUUUCGAAGAUAGAUUGAAACAUUUGGUAAUUCUUGCUAUUGAGCGUGAUCUAUGUAGGAAACAGAAUUUUUAUGAUAUACUGUAUGACUUCGCUACGCGCAAGGCUCAUAAAGUAGCUAUGUAUGUAGUAAAGAAUUAAUAAAAUGCAAAGACGAAUUUAUUUUCUAAUACAAACUCUUAAAUUUCACUUAUUAUCCGUAUCCCUACUCAAACUUGCCCCGCGAAAUCCGUUUUGCAUAGGGCCCCACAACUGUUGAGUCCGGCCCUGCUUUUUAGUGACGGGUGAAUACAGAGUAGAUUACUUGUUUUCUUGGUCUCAACGGUCCGGCCCUAUUUAGUGACAGGUGAAUACUACUUGUUCUCCCCCACCCCCCUUUUUUUUUCCUGGCAUAACUCUAGUUCGUCCGUCUUGCAAAAUAAAAGAGUGAUCUUUCCUUUACUACUUGCUUGCAUGUCCAAACUCUUGAGCCAUGAAGAGAAUUAUAUUUAUUUGUAUGCUGGUGGUCAAAUAGAAAAUCUGUUGCUAUAGUGGUACUCUUAUACAUUACAAGUAGCAUGAUAAUGAUAAUGUUAUGAUUUGAAAUGACCAUGUACUGUUGUUUUUCAAGUGAUAUUUGUUAUUGAGGCGCUUAACUAAUGAUUUUUGUUCAAUGUUGUUUUAUAGUAUCUUUUACUAAACUAUGCUUCUCAUUCAAGUUGACAUCAAGAUCUCUUUUUUUAAAAUCGUAUUUUGAAUCAGCUUAUAGAAUUUUUUGAUUUUGUUAUCUCAGUAUCAUCCAAACCUUUAAAUAUAUAAUGUACAAUAAGCUUAGUAUUUAAGUAUCUUGUAUUGUUCAACCAGAUAAUUGAAUUUACUUUAUUUUAAAAUCAAAAUGUAUGCAACCAACUGAAAAUGCAAAUUAUUGUAAAUCAAGUGAUCCAAAAGCAGCAGUAUUGUUCUGUUGUUGUUUUUGUUUACUCCAUAAGCUUUAAUUAGUACAAUUAUUUUUUUUUGCUUUAAAUAAAUUUUUUAAUUUUGUUAUGCAAUGCUUACUGAAACUUAAAUUAUUCCAUGCCAUUCAAAGCAUGGGUGGCAAGCUCUCACCAUAGAUAAUGGUCAUAGGCUACUUCGUCUGCCUCUUCCAAGCUGGGGCUCACGUAUUUUAGGUCUUCUAAAUAAGUUGACAGCCUUUUUUUUAGUUUUUGGCGAAGUUAUCACUGACUUUGGGAAGCAUGUUUCAUCUUACCUAAGGUUGGUCCUGCAAAUCUCGACAUUCUGUCACCAUUUCUCUCAGGGGUUUGAGUGCCUUUGCGAGAAAAAAAACCUUCUCUGCUGGUGACAUGAUCUCUUGUUAGGUUAUUCCUAGAAUCUUCAGCCAUUGUUGUUGAAUCACAUUUAGUCUUUUUUUUUUAAAAUCUUUAUGGAUGACUUCCACAUCUCGCAACCAUAUGUGGCCUUCGAGACUAUUAUUGUAUUUAGGGGAUGGAUCUUGAAUGUGGUGGUAUAUUUUUAUCUGCUGUUUUUUUUUAAAUCUAGCAGAUCAUUACACACAAUAUUAUCAACUUAAAAGAAGAAAAAAAAACAAACUUAAUGUUAAUAUUAAAUUUGUCACAGAUUAAAAUAUUGGGCAGUUUUCUUAACAGAAUUCAAUUACCUUUUUAAAACAUAUAGAUAAAAAUAAAUAUAGACUUUUAUUUUCUACUUAAGGCAUAAUCCUUUAGGAAGUAAAACUCUACAAUACGGUAAAAUAAAAGUUGACAAAAUUAAGGAUCAAAAUAUGAACCAUUUAUUUCUAACAUUCACAUACAAUCAAUAAGAUUUGAAUCAACAGGAAGGUGUCAUCAAUUAAAACAUUGUCUGCUUCAUGUCUCAGACAUAAAAUUUUCUCUAAAUUGUACAAUUGCAAAGAUCAUGACAUCAAGUACUAUAUACAACUGUGAAAACUGAUCAAACCUACAUUAUCAUUCAUAUGGCAUCAG